AUGAACCCCCACCAGCAGAACAAGGUCGAUAUCAACUCGCUGAGCCCAGAGGAGCAGCGCCUGCUGCGCCUCUAUGGCAAGAUGCCCACCAAGAAAGACCUACUGCAGAACAAGCUCAAGGUGCGUGGUUAUGCCCCUCCCACGAACCUACCUACCCAAUGUCCUCUCCAACUCAACCCCACCCACCAAGAAAGGCAUCGGCCCAAACACACGCCAGAUCCAAACCCAACACCACCCCUUCUAACAUCACAAUUCUCACAGGAGCGCAAAUACUUCGACUCCGGCGACUACGCCCUUAGUAAAGCCGGCAAAGCCUCAGACGUCGGCGUCACCAGCAUCGGCUCCCGCCACCCAGUCCCGGAAAACAUCCCCCACCUGACAGCAACCUCACCGGGUGCCGCAAACGCCGCCACAGGCGGCAAUGGCGGCAGUGUCGCCGGCAUUGGCCAGCAGAUGCCCGGUAGCAUCAGCGGGCACCCGGGCUCGGUCGGAUUCCAGGGCCGCUCACCUAUGAAGGAGGGCAGUUUCCUGCACCGUGGCUCGAGCCUGAGUGAGGGCUCGACGGGGCCAGAGGGCCAUGACCAGGAGGGGAAGGAGGAAAGUGUGAGCCCGCCGCCUGCUCGGGAGGGCGUACCCAUCCGCCGGUGA